UUUCCUUCCCCCAUUCAUAAUAUUCAAACAUUUUUUCUUCAAAGUUCCAAACUUUUCAUAAUUUCUCGAAAUGGGUAACAGUUUAAGAUGCUGUUUAGCUUGUGUUCUUCCUUGUGGAGCUUUAGAUUUGAUCCGAAUCGUCCAUUUAAACGGCCACGUCGAAGAAAUUACUCAUCCGAUCACCGCCGGCGACGUCCUAAAAGCCAACCCAAAUCACGUCCUUAGUAAGCCUUCUUCACAAGGAGUUGUUCGCCGGAUUCUGAUCCUCUCGCCCGAAUCCGAGCUCAAAAGGGGAAGCAUCUAUUUCUUGAUUCCGUCCACUUCUCUGCCGGAGAAGAAAAGAAACGCUGGAACCACCCUUAAAACUCCUUCAAGAAAAGUAAAAAAUUGCACCGUCGCUGCCGUGCCCACCGCCGCCGCAGACAGUGACUCUUACCUCUCCGAUGUUGUCUCCGACAAAAAACCGUCGCGGCGGGAACGACGCAGCGGCAGCCGGGUUAUCGUAUGGCGGCCCCAUUUAGAGAGCAUUUCUGAAGACUAAACAAAUUAUACUUUACAUAUCAAAAUUUAAUUUUUGCCCACGCCGGAAUCUGAAUUCCCGGCGAAGCGGAGGGGUAAUUUGGGUUUUUUCUCUCUUUUUUACUGGGGGGUAAGUUUGUUAUUAAUCAUCCAGUUUUUUUUUCCGG